AUGUCUACAAAGCACCAACAACCGACAAUAUAUGUAUUUAGGCGUGCGUGUGCAAAGAAUACCCUCAACACAAAGGAAUUCCUCAAAUACAAAUUAAAAAAUGCCAACACCCAAGCACAAACCCCUAACCCCCAAACGCCCACCCCCGCCGCCGCCGCCCCCCUCCUCGAACGCGGUGGCCCCGGACAACUCCCCGACCACCCGGGCCCACGCGUCCCUCCAGCAAUCCCCCCACAAGAAGAGCGGCGGGGGGACCCGUCGAAGUCCACGAAGCUGUUCCGCCGGAUGAAGUCCGUCUUCAGGUCGUUCCCCGUCAUCAGCCCGCCGUGCAAGAUGCCCGCGGUCUCGAUGCACACGGGGGGACGCAUGCACGAGGGUGGGCACAUCCACGGCGGGAAGCAGAUGACGGGGACGCUGUUCGGGCACCGCAAGUCCCGGGUGAACCUGGCCAUCCAGGAGAACUCGCGGUGCCUGCCGCUCCUCGUGCUGGAGCUGUCGAUCCAGACGGGGAAGCUCCUCCAGGACAUGGGGCUCGGACUCGUCAGGAUCGCGCUCGAGUGCGAGAAGAACCCCUCGGAGAAGAUCAAGCUCAUCGACGAGCCCAUAUGGACGAUGUACUGCAACGGGAGGAAAGUCGGGUACGCGGUCAAGAGGGAUCCCACCGACGACGACUUGAAGGUCAUGCAAGUACUGCAUGCCGUGUCGAUGGGGGCCGGAGUGCUGCCGGCCGGGGAAAGCGGCGGCGGGGCGGCAGGGGAGGUGGCAGAGGGGGAGCUGACUUAUAUGCGGGCCCACUUUGAGAAGGUGGUGGGGUCCAAAGACUCGGAAACGUAUUAUAUGAUGAACCCGGAUGGGAAUAGUGGCCCGGAACUCAGCAUCUUCUUUGUUAGGGUUUGAACUUUUAUAUUACAUUUAUAUAUAUUUAUA